AUGUCGACGCCGAACCAUCCGCUGUGGGCAGACACGGCACACGUACCACUAUAUACUACGCCUUCGAGAGGGCUGUAUCCACCCUCGGCGUACCCGUACCCCGCCUAUCUCGAGGCCCCUUGGGAUCACGUAUCCACGCACGCGAGCGGCAUCGUCCCGCAAUUCAUGGGAGGCCUCACGUCUGCCCCGGUGCCUCUCGACGCAGCCACAGGUCAGUACGGUGGUCACGACCACGCCAUCGUUUCCUCGUCCGCCGCAGGCUGGAUGCACCCCAUCGACGCAGCUUGGCUGGCCCGGCAAGGGCUGGGCGCUCUGUUGGUCCAUCCACCAGAGCAAGGCAUCAGCGGGAACACCGCACCGACGAUCCCCCACACGAUCGGUACGCCAGCGCGAACCACGCAAGAUGCCAGCGUCGAAGCUACGGUCCCGGUGGUCAUCCGCCACACGAUCGGCACACCAGCCAUGGUCUCUUCGGCCGAUAGGAGGCGCGUCCGGCCACGGAAGCACGGCUGCCACAUCUGCAGCAGCAUGUUCACGUCUAAAGAGAACAGAGACCGUGAGGAUCCCUUCGUGCCAUCGUCUCGGCCCUACAAACUCACCGUGCAGGCAGGCCAUGUUCGUGCGCAUUACGGGAUCAAACCGUUCAUCUGCCUUUGCGGCGUGGCCUUCACUACAAAGGUAGAUCUCUCGCGCCAUCGCAAGGGCGGGCGCUGCCCACUCGCCGCGCGCAUCGAGUGA